AUGGUGGCUCAAUGCACAGGCAAGUUUUGGAUGCCUUGGUUCGAACGGAUCGAGGCGGAGGACGGCCGCGCGGCUUUUCUGAUGCAGACGCCGCGGUCCGGGGGCCAACUUCCGCCACAUCCGAACAUGUUGAUGCCUGACCACCAGUGCGUCCUCGUCUUCGUCACCAACGGCGUCGGUUUCUCCCUAGAACAUCGCAUCAAGGUAUCCCAUCUUCCAGCAAGCGUAUUCUAUAACAACUCGGGAUUUGCUGGCAGGCAAGAUGACCAAGAGUCUUUCAGGUUUUAGAAAUGCCGAGGAUUUCUUUUGUCGGAGAAAACGUUUUUCACAUUUCAAAUUUCUUAGAUUUUCCAUUUAUGAUGAAUCGAGUUUCUUAAUAAGAAAAAAUUUGAUGGUCAGCUGGUUGCCUGCGGGUUGCCCACGAUCCUAGAUAACGAGCAGUAUCUUCACAAGUCCGAAAUGUACAAGUACGGAAAAUUUCGAUAGGAAGUGCGACCAGAGUGCGAAAUCGUCAAAUUGGACCCUCAAGAAGGAACAGACCCAAAAGGACUGAUCAGAGUUGUUCCGGCAAAGUUCAGUCUGAUGGUGCACCGAGAAAGGCCGCUUCUCGACGACUUGACACUGCUUUCCAUCGUCCUCGGUGUCGACCACAUCGGUUCGUUGGCUUCAAUAAACAAAAAUCUUCUGUCUUCAGACGCUCUUUACCUCGACGAAUCCGUGCGUUACCACGAUUUCAAUCAAGUUUUAAGCACCGAGAAAAGGAUAAACCAGUUUGCAGCCUGUCAGGUUUUUGCUGAAAAAAAAUUCGAAGAGAUGAGUAAAAUAUGUAAAAUAUGAGUUGUAAGAUUUUGAUGUCAUUGAUCGUGAUUUUAAAUUUUUUCUAGACCUUUUCGUAGGCUUGUGCGAAGGCCGGCGAUUCACCUUUUCGGCUCCGGGCCUUAGCGGGAACUCGAGCAAAAACAGUCGGCCCGGUUUCGCCCAGCCUGACGCACAAGCCUGCUGAUGAAGACGCCAAAAUAAUAUACGAAAAAUGAAGAGUCUCAAGAAAAACCGGAAGAAAAGCCCCGUUUCUGAGUCAAAUAUUGGUGGCUCAAAAGGAUAAAAAUGCUUUUUGCGCGGGGAUUCAAGUUAAUUUUCGUUUCCACUUUGAAAAAAAGCUUUUCAAUAUGUAGGAAUUUUCCUGAAAAUCUAAGAAAGCGGUUUUACACAGAAUAAAAAACUUCAAAAUGGGGGUUUAUUAGCUCGAAAUCAUUUUUUUUACUGGCUAUAAGACUUUGAUGAAAUCUUAAAGCUUCAAAGCCUGUUACACAAGAAAAAAAUGCAGAUUUAAAAAAAAGUAUCGGCUUUCGCUUGAACUUCAAAUGUAAAAAAAAAGUCUUGUAGAAAGAUUUUACAGUCUCGAAAUAAACGGAGUUAGCUGUGCAAUUUUGGCAAUUAGAAAACGAAAUGACAAAAAGAUGCACAUGUCUUUUUCGCAUCAUUUUUGAACAGUUUCAGGUGACGCUAACGGUUUCAAAGCCUAAAACAGACGUCGAACGUCAGAACUUCUGGAACUUUGUCAUGAGGUCUCUACUCAGACAAACGUUAGCUUUCUUUCUUUGAUACAUUUCCGGAGGGGAUUUUUUGAACGGAGGAACCCUCAAAAAAAAGAAGAUGUUUUCAGAAACGCGCCGGUCGUUGCCGAGAGGAUCUCGGAAGAUCUGCUCAAACUUACUUUUCUGAGUACUUUCCAGCAAGAAUGCACUAAUAAGUUCCUUUUUUUUCAAAAAAAAAAUUGAAAUAAAUUGUCGUUUAGAAAUUUUCUCCUUCGCUAUGGUUUAUGA